GGCAUUUAACAAGAAGUGGGAGCUAAGUAUGAGGUUGCCGAACUUGGCCUCUGUGAAGGCCUACUGGCUCAACUUAAACAAGUAAACCAAUUCUGUGGAAAUCUGCAAUAACGAUGUCUCGGCACCGGUGCUAUGUAGAUACUACAACAUUUUGAAACUGUUCACGUGUAUAUUUCCAAAGCAUUUUCUGUGAUAUAAGUGCAAUCUUUCCAGGGUAGGGAAACGGCCAUUGAAUUCCUCUAAAGCUGAUAUCCAAAGAUCUUUCAUCUUGCCUUGCAGUAUAAUCAACAAAUCCUGUUAUAAGGGUUAAUUCCAUCGCCAAAUCAAGAUUUUUGCACUGCCUUUCAUAUCUAAUCUCAGAUAACCAUAAUCAGUAUAGUCAUUAAAAGAUCUCGUGGGUCCAUGCCAUAUUCUUUCAAAAGUAUUUUAUUGAUUUGUUUCUAGUGACAAUGCAAAUUAACCUUUGCUUGAAGGUUGUGUUUUAAGAUUGCAUUCCAAGUAAGGGCAAGCAUAGUUAAGCAUUCUGAUACUAAGUCAAGUGCCUCUCUCUCAGGAUAUGAGAAAAUUAUUCCUUCCAAAUUCAAGGAAGUACAAUAAAUAUUCACAAACACUUUGUGAGCAAGUUUUUCUACUCUCCAAUCAUUUGUAAUUUAACAGUGAUCUUCAUUCUUAGGCAACGAAUUACUCAUCAUUUUAAGAACCAAAAGGUUCGUGGCAAGAAAUGCACCAAAUUGGAAGGAAAGGUGCUAAUCAAUGGCCUGCUAAUUGUUCGUGGGGAGGUAACGACGACAGGGGAGGUAACGACGACGGGGGCUGGAGUCAGGGACCAUCCGUUACGGGUAGUGGCUGGAACGAACCAGCUGCAAAGGACAAAAGUCAGGAUAUAGGAACUUGGAAUCCAUCGGAUUCGUCUGGCACUAGUUGGAACCAAAGCUCAGGCAAUACUAACGUAAUUGUGGAUUCUUCGGAUAAAGAGGCUUGGCCGUCCAUUGGAAACUGUGACAAUUGCUCUGAUGCCGGGGAUGAAACGGGCUCAGUUAAGUCGGGAUCUGUGAUAUCUAGCUCAAGUAGUCAUGGACCGAAUCACGAGACCAAUUCAGGGUCAUGUGCCAUGCCAAGUGCUUCCAGUUCUUGGAGCGCAACCUCCGUUUUCGGUGGUGUUGAAUCAAAUACUUGGGGGAUAAACAAUCCUUUGAGUACAUCCUCUGCCAAUGUGAAUCCUGUUGGUUGGGAUUCGCUAAAUCCACAUUCAAGUCUUUCCGUUUCUGUGAACAACAAAGGACAUAAUAUGCAAGUUGGAACCAGUAUUUCAGCUGGUGGUGAUAAUUCAUUAACUACAAUGAACUCCAAUGCCUCUGGCUAUAUGAGCUGGGGCAUGGGUGCCCCUGGGCAGGGCAACCCGAAACCACAAAAUUCCAUGCAGAUGCAAACCUCAAAUGGCAAAAAUAUGCAUGGUGCUGUGGUGCCUAGCAGUGGUGCUCAACGUGUCGACACUCUCGGGAGUGGCAAUCCGACUGGACCCGUGAAUAAUCAAAGUUCGUGGCAGGGUAGCAACGGUUCAUUUGGUGGCCUGUCAGGAUAUGCAAAGACCUCUGAGGGGGGAUGGAAUAAUUCAAGUGCUGUGAUGAACAAUAGUGGGAGCAGUGGCAAGGAAAAAAGUGGCAAUAACGGCAGUGGGGACACAGGAACUGCUGCGUGGGGCAAUCCUGAACCACCUGCCUCGGGCUUUUCAGCAACUUGGGGAGCAAAUCCACCUUCUCAAUCCCGCUCACAAUGGGACACUUCUAAGUCACAAGGGGCAGAUAAUCCAAAUGGUGCAGCUAAUAGUCAGGGAUCCGGCAAUAAAACAGAUAGUCUUUCUUGGGCGGAGGCUGCAGGCAAGGGAUUAAAUAUCAGUCACAGUUCCGGCAGUGAACUGCCUGUGACGGGUGUUGUGGCAGCCCGACCCACCAAAGAGGAAGAGUUUAUUCGAUGUGCCAUUGAGAGUCACGACGGGUGGGGAGCCCGGCCAGUGAGGCAGGACACUGGCUGGGAGACACAGGAAUCUCCAAAGACGAAACGCAAAUUCUCCACUGACAGUGGUGGCAAUGGCAAUGGUGGUGCAGCUAAUAUGUGGAACAAUAACAAUGGUACAGCAAUUUGGGAGGCAGUCCGUGCAAACAGCGGAGGGGGUGCUGGAGGGAAUGGAAAUGGAGCAGGAGGGGGUAACAGUGGAUGGAAUGGUGCUUCUGGUGGCAAUCAAUGGGAGGAAGAUUCCAACACUUGGAACGAUCCUUCUGCAAAACUCAAUCCAAAUUCAAUAGGUACGUGGGGAGGUGGAUCGGAUAAUGCACAAUCUAACAUGUGGGGGAACAAGACUGAAACUGGGUGUUGGGAUGAAAGUGGCCCCACUCGCCAGUCGGUUCAGUCGUGGGACGACCCCCAGGCAAGGAGAGACGCAGCCAGUGUGAACGACGGAACAAACUACUGGCGGGAGCCCAGCACCAGCUCCCGCUCAUCCAGCUGGAACAGUACCCCCAGCACCCCGGCCACCCCCAUGACGCCAAUGGCUCCACCGAUGCAACAGAUGCCACCACGAGAAAUCCAGAAGCCUGGUGCCACUGGAUCUGGUUGGGGAGAUCCCAACCCUGGCUGCAAGGUUGACGACGGUACCAGUAUCUGGGCAGCCAAUGCUCAGCAACAGGCACGUGCGAGUGGCUGGGGCGAUAUUCAGUGGAAUCCAGCCGUCGGUGCCAAGCCAAAGACUCCCUCUACCUCUAACUGGGAACCCGGGGACAAUUCCAGCUGGAACUCGAGAAAGGCUCCUCCGAAGUUCCCCAUUGUGAAUAAUCACCACCCACAGAUGAGAAGUAAACUGCUCCAACAGCUCAUGGACAUGGGCUACAAAAAAGAGGAAGCCCAGAAUGCAUUAAUCAGCAAUAAUAUGAAUGUAGAAAGUGCCCUGGCUGAUUUAAUGGCCAUUAACAGUGCCAACAAGAAGGAUCACGAGGUGGACGUGUUCCAGGUUAACGGGUCGAAACCCAAGCUGGCUGGCAUCGUCCCCGACAACGCCAUGCUGACCGACGACAUAUCAGACGCCCAGUCCGACAACAGCCCACAUGUGCCUAACUUCUCCAUGCAAAAUACUCCCUUUCCAAAUGCUCAAAUACCAAAUCAGCCAUUUAUGACAAGACCAGGACCUAGUCUGCCCUCUUCUAGUCUCAAUCCAAAUAAUUCCAGUAUUACCAAUCAUACAUUGCAACACAAACUCAUCCAGCAUAAGUUUCAGCAACAGCAGCAGCAGACCCAGUCGCUGAGCUCGAUGAGCUCGAUGAGCCCGACCCAGGGCCCGAUGAACCGCAGUCAGAUUCCACCCAACGCACAGAUCAUUCAACAGCAGGUCAGUCCUCAGAUGGCCCAGCAGCAGAUCCUACAGCAGCUGCACAUGGCCGUCCAGUCGGGGCUGAUCAGUGACCAGCUGCUGCAUCAGAAACUGCCGCACAACAUCCUCAUCCUGCUCCAGCAGCUGCUCCAGCACCAGAACAUCCUGCAGCAGUUCGUCACCAAGCAGCAGAUCCUGCAACAAAACAAGGCUGGGCUGAACCCGCAGCAGCGACAACAGCUAGAUCAAGUAACUGUGAUGAUCAACAACAUCAAACAACAGAUUCUACAGCUGCAAAAACAGCUUUCUCAGGCCCAGCAGAUGCUGCUCAAACAAACUCCGUCGCAGGGGCAGGCGCCACAGGGGGGUACCCCGACUCCACAGCCUAUGCCAAAUCCUGUGGACCCGACAAUCCCUCUCCAGACAGACCUGUCCACCCUGUCGAUGAAUCCACCAACUCAACCACAGUCUCGCCUCAACCAGUGGAAACGCCCGACCCCGGACAAGGAUGGUGCCGAUUCCAGUCUGGACAUAAACCGAGUGGUGGGAAGCAAGCCGCUGCAUCCUUCACAGAGCAUCCCCAACUUCGGCCAGUUCUCCGACCUGAGCGGGCUGAACAUCACGGGCGACACCACUUGGUCCACUCAGGCCACCACCUCGGCCGUCAACUGGCCAUCGACCAGUGCCGAGGGAACCACUUCUCAAGCCGAGACAAAGGACACCGAUCUCAGUGAAUCUCACCCACCCACACCCUCCACCACUACGACGGCAAUCAACCUCACUGAUGUGAUACCAGAGUUCAUCCCUGGCAAGCCGUGGCAGGGCUUCAAGAAUGUUGAAGAUGACCCACAUAUCACGCCCGGCAGUAUUAAGCGUUCUCUGAGUGUGAACGUCGUGAAGCCCGACCACCUGAACAAUCUGGCCAACGUCAAGUCGAGUCCCAGCCUGUCUGGCGCGGAGUCAGCCACCACGUGGAGUCGCGACAGUCAGGCGAUGACCGCCAUCACGUCCAAACAGUCGUGGAUUUCCUCGGCUGACACCGCCCCCGCCAUAUCAACGUCUGUCACAGAUGUCUGGAGUCUGCCGUCCGCCAAAAACAACCUCACUGCGAACAGACCACCCCCGGGGCUGUCCGGUCAGAGCAAGUGGGCACCAGGGGUCAAUCGGCAACACUCAUGGGCAGGCCACUCCGACUCCGCAUUCACUCCAGCAGUAAAUAGCCAGCAGUGGGACUCGAGAACAUCCAUUGCCUCCACUUGUCUCGUUUUGCGGAACUUAACACCACAGAUUGAUGGCUCCUUGCUGCGCACGCUCUGCGUGCAGCACGGCCCACUGCAGAAGUUCCACCUGGACCUGGGCCACAGCCAGGCGGUCGUGUGCUACUGCACCAAGGAGGAGGCCUCCAAGGCCCAGAAGGCCCUCAACACCUGUGUGCUGGGCAACACCACCAUCCUGGCCGAGUUUGUCCCAGAAAGCGACGCCAUCCGCUUCAUGGAACAGAGCAAUCCUAGUCAGUGGUCACAGAACUCCCAGUCCAGCUACAGCGGUCAUCCCGGCCCGGCACCCAUGUCACAGGGACAAGGUCACAGUCGGAGUCGACAGACCAGCCAGUUCUACAGCCGCCCGGACAACAGUCCCUGGAAUCCCGUGUCUUCGUCCAUGUCCGGGGGGGGCAACACCAUGUGGGGCUCCAUUUGGGGGGGCGGGGCCUCGACAGAUGAGCAGAUUUCUAAUCCUCUUCACUUUGGCAAUAUUCUAGGAGGGGAAUCCAUGUAAAUCUCUUCUUUUUGUUCUUUAAAAUAACAUGGAUUCCUUUCUUGUGACGUGAUCUCUUGUUGUAACGUGGGUUAGCUAGCGGUGGACGUGUUUACGUAGCUAGCGGUGGACUUAAGUAGCUAGCGGUAAACAUGUUUACGUAGUUGCUUACUUGUGUUCACAGCCAUGCUGUGCUCAGCGCCAGCUCGUCAACUCAUAGUGCAUGCAAACCUGGUGCUCACUGCUUCAAAGAAGUAAAGCACAUACUUUUAUUUUUAUACUUCUUGAGAAGUAUUCAAUGUCUUUCAGAAUUCCCAUAUUGUCUUGUCACUUGGGAUGGCCAGCUACUAGCGUAGCCUGGGGCCUAGUCAAAGGGAGGUUUUAAUGCCUUUUGACAGAGUUUAACCUCAGACUUUAUCAAAACAAAUAUAUAUAGAGAUAAAUAUAUAUGUGUGUGUAUAUCGUAUUGGCCAUUCAUGACUAAUGUCAAAUUGAAUUUAUUUGUAAUGCAGCAAAAUCAUAGUGCAAAUUUUGUUCUUUUAAUAUAACACUGAAAUGAUUGGUGUACUAUUUUUUUCUUGUUUGACAUGUAAAUCUGUCAGUUGGCAGGAAAAACUCCACCUGUGAUACUGGAUUUCUUGUGUGUUUGUUGUCUGUGUCAUUGAAUCGGGAUAGAAGUGCAUCUAGUGCUGUUAAUAAUUCUUCCAUGAAAAUGUUAUGAUAUUGGGUAUAACGAGUCGUCUCAGAUUGAUUGGUUUGCCAAUUUUUAUGUAUGCCAUCUUUAACUGCUGUAUUGUCUGUAAUAGUCCGUAUUCCUGCCCAAACUUGGAGAUUUAACUUAUAAUAUAUAUAUAUUAUAUGAAAGAAAAAAAAAAAAAAAAAAAAAAAAGGAAAACCACCAAAGUGAAAAAAAAAAACAAGAAAAAAAAAAAAAAAACCCCAAAAAAAACAAAACAAACA